AGCAGGUGACCUAAAACAGGUAUGCGGAAUGGGCAACGCCUCUAGCGACGGCGUACAUUUGAAGUCGACAGUCAACAAAGGGUCGCAGAAUAUAUACAUUUGGCUAUGUAACGUUACUUUGCGAGUGUACGAUGACCCACAGGUCAUAACCACCGCUAACGCAACAGGUGUGCUCGGAAAACGACAGGUAUCUACGACACGCAAAGAACGAUCAUGCCGCUUCUGAGUCGCUGCUGGACGCCUUUUCUCCUGUACCACUGGACCAACCUCCGCUAUGGGAGUUUCUACGCUGCGAUGUACACAGCAGUGUACCAUGUAUUAUUCAUAUUCUAUGCCAUAUAUGCUGUCAGUGGGGGAAGAACUGACUAUUUCUUCAGCCCGUACUUUGAGCUUUCCAUGAAAGGAAUAUAUGCUGCAGCAGGUUGCACCAUGGGGUUUGGAGUCGUCUUCCUUCUCUUCACGUUAAUGUUAGUCAUAGGCAUCAAACGUGAUAACCGUUGCCUCUUCUUCCCAUGGAUUAUAUCUGUUGUCAUCGAAAUCCUUCUCAUGAUUGCCGUUGGACUGUGGUACAUCGGCCGCUAUUACAGAAAUCUUUACUCCGUACUGGCUGCAAUCAUCCUUUGGUGCAUUGACGGUGUCCAUGUCUACUGCUUCAUGUGCGUUAUCUCGCACUACCAGGUGGUCCGUGACCUCCAGGAGCCGAAGUUUCAGAUUCUGUACCCAUAGUUCUGCAUCUAGUUGUUCAGACUGCAAGCAAAACUGGACAAAUAUUUACACCAACCACACAUAGAAUUUCUACUCCUCCAUAUUUUUGGAGUGUGCAAAGAACAUGCUCAGGAAGCAUAUCGAUUAGAUGACAUCUGAAAUCCCCUAAGAAGGCAGAGAUGUGCACAUAGCUAUACUAGUGACGGCAAUGUGGUAGAACUCGAACCAAUAGAAAGGGACAAGCUAACAGCAAGAAAGGAGACCAACCCACGUGCGAAUGCUCCUUGCCAAGUACAGCUUUUGUCAAAAGAAAGUCUCUGUGUAUCCAAUUUGCAGAUGAUUUCCGAAAUGUUCAGUUGACCUGUUGGCAUCUACAGUGCAGAGAACUACCACCAUCACCCUCUACAGCUUUCUAUUGCGACUAGUUCCCCUAGUGUGGCACAAAACAGCCAGAAGUUCGCAACACAUGCUGCUAGUGGCUUUGUUUCUUUUGACAAAUGAUGUACUUUCUUGGAGCGCGAGCCCCUAGGUUGAAGCAUGGUAGCAUUCCAGUUGAGCAGAAGAAUGUGCCUAGAGAAUUUUACACACUGUCUAUAAUUAAUUUUGGCUGAAACUGUACAUAAUUCUUGGUGCAGAGGCUUACCAUAAGAAGAUGCCUUCUACGAUUUAAUUGUUUAGUUUUACACCACAAGACAAUUUUUUUGUCCACGCAUGGGCAUACAUCACUGCCUGUGUGUUGUUGUCUCCCUUCCGUCCUUGUUUGCUGGCGCUAAAUAUGCUUUCAUAUAUACAUAUCCUGAAAAAGAAAAUGCAGCUUGCUUAUCUAUGAGCAUUCAUGCUCAAAUAUCACACAGAGGGGGGACGUUGCAGUGGACACUUUUCAAUAGUGGCAAUAUGUGACGCAAGCUGCGUUUCACUGUUACAGCUAUAGAUAGCACCACCAUUUGGUUCCUGGAAAUCCUAUGUUUUUUGUCUGUCAUUGCUGCAGACAGGUACUCCAGAUUUAUUCUUGACAAAAUAGGCAAGGAACAGAAACAAGCACGGUAUAAGCUGCACAUACUGCAGAACAACUUAUGUGUGAAAUUUAAGCAUGAAUGAGCCGGUAGGUAAGACGGAAGAAUCUUGUAAUAGCUGGCUCCCCUGUUUAUGCAGCAUUUUGUACAAGCAGUGAUGCAUGUUGCAUUCCGUCCAGUUUAUACAUGGAGGAAGAGGUCUCACAUUUGCAACGUAUACACAUCCUACUUGUUUUGCUGGUAUUGUUUUGCAGCUAUAGAGUUUAGUACAUUUGCACAUUGAGCUGCCAUUUGAGGCAAGUCACAGUGCUGAAAAAUAAUCAGAGGCUAAUUAAAGAUCUGGCACUAGGGUGGACAAGAGCACUGGUUGAACCCACAUGGGAAUGACAGAAACACAUGACCGUUAUAGAAAUUGCAGUGAAAUGUCCUCGCAGCUUUCUGCAUUAACCUUAUUCAAGCUAAUGCAUUGUGAUCUGUAGUAUUUUAAAAAAUUUUUCCAACCUCCGAGUGCUUGCACUUGAGUCUGCCAUCUGGCAGAGGAAAUCUUCAUGUCAAAAAUAACUGAACCAUUAUAACUAUUACAGUAGUUCCACACAGAUGUAUUGACACAUGCCACGAAGCAAUUCCAUUUUAAUUAUUAGUUCAGCUAGCUAGUUCUCUAAUAUUUAACUCAGUGUGCUGAAACAGAAUGAAAACAGAACAAAACAUUAUUUCGUUACGGAGUGAAACGGAAGUAUUUUUUAUUGGUUCUCAGUUCAAGAGGAAAGACAGCAAUUCCAAAGAACCGAUGUCAGGCAACAUCAGCAUUAGCGUGUAUCCCAAGUGUCCACACAAGCGCAUAUCUCAGGCAGGGAUAGUGCGAGCAAUAGUCAGUCAAGCUCUCCACCAAUCUAAGCCUGCCACUCGGUGCACUAGCAGAUCAGCAUCGCAGCAAAACUUAGGGCUUGCGUGCUGAAGAGCUCAUCAUUUCGUUUUCUAGGGGUACAUCCCUUCCUUACCGAAGUUUUAUGGUUCAUUUAUGUUUGUUUAAGUUCAUUUUAUCGAAACAGCGGUCUCGCGUUUCGGCGAGUGCACUCGAUGAUGUGUUGCUUCUGAGAUUAUGCUCAGUGCCUUGACUCAAGGCACUGAGUCAUCAAUACUAUGCUUUUAUUACUUUGCUUCGAAAAUUUCUUGCAUGCCAACCUAAACCAUUAUGAACAGUUACGGAUUUUGUUUUUCUAAUCUGGAGCAGUUCUUUCAGUGGAACAAAACUAAAACUGGCACAAAAAACAUUUCGUUCCGACACCCUGAUUUCACUGCUGUAAAUAAGUGAUGUGACUCAGAAAAUUAAACUGAGCAUAAGAAAAAAAAAAAAAAAACAAGAGGCAGCCAAACUGAAUCAUCACUGUUGCAGCGCACGGUCAGUAACUCUUGCAGCAGUAUGUUGCUGCAAUGAGACAUCAGCGUAUUAACAUCCGAGUGACAUGUUGUGCCAACAAAUCACUGCCUUUAUGAUAAUCGCAUGGACCUUAAAUAUUGAUUACACUUCAUACUUGGCUUACUGUACUUUCAGUUGUUGCCAUGCUGAUUGAGAUACCCUAGUUGCAGCAGCAGUUUAUAUCUGCAUGAAACUCUAUAGGUGUAGAGAUGUUUUGUCUCCACUCCUCAUUUACUAUGGGAACACGAGGGAAGAGCUACAAUACAGUUCAUUGCCAUUCCGUCCCUGCAAGGAGAAUGAAAUCUCACUUUGGAAGUGCACAAUUUCUACUCAUUUGAAAAUUAUUUUUCUGCAACUUUUGACUUUAUAACAUAUUUAAGAUAUGGGCCCAAUCGUUUGUGGCAGCUUUUGUAUACACUGAACACAGCGCUACUUCACUGCUUACUUGAAACAAUCGUGAGCUGAUCGCAGAUCUAGACAAGUCUUUUGUUAUUUUGCUUGGAACACCUACAGAGACUUAGAUAACAGCUGUAAAAUUUAUAUACAUUGCACCGUAAACACUAUCACUGAGUAAUUGCUAAAACAGUGGCAUUUGACACUUGAAGAGGGCAACAACACUUCAAAGCGUACUUUACAUGAAUCUCGUAUAUUGUAGUCUUGACAUUGAGAACCUGCAUCGUGAGGACCUUAAAACGCAUGUUUGUGCGUAGAUGUGCCAUAAGGCUCCUUUCAGAUGCUUGUUGCACUUGUAUCGUGCAACCACACUGCCAGUAUGAAACAUUCCUCGCUUCAUUUGGUGUGGAGUAAAUUGGCACACAAUACUGAAAGUGCUGGCCAGCACUGUGCGUUGCAUUUUCACUCGUGUGUCAAGUCAUUCCGCUCAAAAUAUACAUGAACCAAUGAGCUCAUCUUUUUAUACUCCCUCAGCACAUUGUUCAUUUCACCUGCACUUUUACACAAACAGCAGGUUAUUACAUGGCAUCCAGCAGAUAUGCAGAAAAAUUAAAAUAGAACUUUGGUCAGCUGCAUCAGAAUUGAUCUAAAAUUGGCAUUCAUAUUGCUACCUUUUGGCCGACAUAACCAUUACUAGCAGCAAGCAAUAAAUCUGCUCUAUAUCUUGCGUCCAUAGCAUGAUGUUGCUCAAAGUGCAAAUUUUAGCAGAGCUUUAAUAAAGGAAAAACAUUUUUCACUCUGGAACAA